AUGUUGGGAACACUGGUCUGGAUGCUUGUGGCUGGCUUCCUGUGGGCGCUGUCACCAGGCCGGGCGGCGGGCGCGCUGAGGACGGGCAGGCGCCCGGCGCGGCCGCGGGGCUGUGCGGACCGGCCCGAGGAGCUCCUGGAGCAGCUGUAUGGGCGGCUGGCAGCGGGCGUGCUCAGCGCCUUUCACCACACGCUGCAGCUGGGGCCCCGCGAGCAGGCGCGCAACGCGAGCUGCCCGGCAGGGGGCAGGCCCGCGGACCGCCGCUUCCGGCCACCCACCAACCUGCGCAGCGUGUCACCCUGGGCAUACAGAAUUUCCUAUGACCCGGCAAGGUUCCCUAGGUACCUGCCUGAAGCCUACUGCUUGUGCCGGGGCUGCCUGACUGGGCUUUUUGGGGAGGAGGACUUCCACUUCCGCAGCACCCCAGUGUACAUGCCUGCUGUCAUCCUGCGCCGGACCUCUGCCUGUGCGGGCGGUCGCUCAGUGUACAUGGAGGACUAUGUCACCAUCCCAGUGGGCUGCACCUGUGUCCCUGAGCAGGAGAAGGACACAGACAGCAUCAACUCCAGCAUCGACAAGCAGGGUGCUAAGCUUCUUCUUGGCCCCAACGGCAAGCCGUCUAGCCCCUGA